AUGAAAUUACUACGGAGCGUACUGCUGCCAGCGCUGCUGCUGGUGGCAGCAUCUAUAGCCAAGAAGGAUGCACCAGCCGUCACAUCACACAAGUUCGAGACACAGCCCGGCAACCUGUUCUACUUCGAUGAUUCCGAUGUUGUCUUGGUCACCGAGUUCGACCGCGGUGUUGUCUGGCGAUCCACGGAUUCCGGGGCAGAAUGGUCGGUGAUAGAGGAUAUACCUCAAGGCGAACCUUAUGCGGUGCUAAAGCACCCUUUCAACGGCAAGCUUGCUGUUGCGCUGGGUCGGAAGAAAAGACACUGGAUCACGAAGGAUCAGGGGAAGAGCUGGAAGGAGUUCAAGACCGAUGCAUCCCCCAAGAACGACCCGUUCUCGCUGCCUAUCAGCUUCCACGCCGACGACCCGGAUAAGAUACUAUUCCACGGCGGCGACGAGUGCGACUUCUACACCUGCAUCGGCACAACUUGGUACACCAAGGAUGGAUUCGACACUAUGUACAAGCUCACGGACAAGCGCAAGAUGUGCGCGUGGGCAAAAGGCACCGACUCCUUCUCAACGGGAGACGCCACCUCCGACGCCAAUCGUAUACUGUGUAUAGUGGAGGGCAAAUACUCUCAUCGUACCAGCGAUUUCAGGCUUCUCCUGACGGACGACUACUUCAAAGACAACCAGGCGGUGGAGCCUGAGCUUGCCGGAGACAGGGUUGUUGCAGGCUUGGUCAAUAUGGCCGCUGUCAAAGGCUACCUUGUGGCGGCUGCUAAAUCGGAAGGCACGGACGAACUUGCGUUGUACGUCACCGACGACACCAAAACAUGGCACAAAGCGGAGUUUGGUCAAAAGCUGGAGCAGGAUGCGUACACCGUAUUGGAGUCUACGAAUUACAGCAUCCAGGUCGAUGUGAUGACGAACAAGUAUGCAGCUAUUGGCGAGCUGUACACUAGCAACUCCAAUGGAACCUACUUCACGCGUAACAUUCGGAACACAAACAGGAACGAAGCCGGGUUCGUCGAUUUUGAGAAGAUGACGAACAUCCAGGGUAUAGUACUGAUCAAUAUCGUUUCCAAUGCGGACAAGGUCAAGGACUCCUGGUUCGUGGAGAAGGAGGUCCAGUCAAGGAUCAGCUUCGACGAUGGGAGGACGUUUCAGGCUCUCAAAGCUGGUGACGAGGACUUACACCUACACUCGGUUACCGAUCAGCGAAACGUCGGCCGGGUCUUCUCCAGUCCGGCUCCUGGCAUCGUUAUGGGAGUAGGGAAUACUGGGAAAUACUUGAAGCCAUACAGCGAAGGCGACCUGUACGUCUCUGAUGACGCUGGUGUUACCUGGAAGCGUGCCCUGAAGGAAGCUCACAAGUAUGAAAUCGGAGAUAAAGGGGCGGUGCUAGUUGCAGUUUACGACGAGGGCCACACCGAAGGGUUCUCCUACUCGCUCGACCACGGAGGAAAGUGGGAACAGGUCUCGCUUGAUGACAAGAUCCGCGCUCACGAAUUGACAACUGUUCCGGAUUCUACCAGCCUCAAGUUCAUUAUGAUUGCGACCAAAGGCAAGGGCAAGAGUACAGAGUACCAUAUCUACUCAAUCAAUUUCGAGGAGAUGCAUGCACGCAAGUGCGAGAAAGACGAUUUCGAGAUGUGGCCGGCUCGCGUUGACAAGAACGGAAAGAAGACGUGUAUAAUGGGCCGAACGCAGUCCUACCGUAGAAGGAAGGCGGACAAGGACUGUUUCGUCGAAGCAGACUUCCAGGAUCCUGUCCCAGAGUGGGAAAUCUGCGAAUGCACAAAGGAAGACUUCGAGUGCGAUUACAACUUCAAAGCGGAGUGGGACGACAGUAACAAGAAAUGUGUUCCUGCCGUGCCGGUGCCUGCCCCUGAGGGAGAAUGCAAGAAGCCGGAAGACACCUUCAAGGGCCCUUCAGGCUGGAGACUCAUCCCUGGAAACCAGUGUAAGAAGGCUGACGUGAAGCUGGAUGAACCGGUGGAACGAAGAUGUGGCGAUACCAAGCAUACGCCCGCGACCGGUCAGAUUGUCACCAAGAUCACAGAAUUCAAAACCGGAGGCUUUGAAGAAUACUGGUAUCUUGAAAGAAAGGAUUCCCAAGAUGGGACCGAUGAGACCGUAGUCAUGCUUACAACUGACCGCGUAGCCCACAUUAGCCACGACCAUGGGAAGACCUGGAAAAAAGCGGAAGUCGACGAUGACAAAGUGUCGGCCAUCUAUCCAAACCCGUAUCAGAGUGACGAUAUCUACUUCAUCACUCCAACCAAGAGAAUCUGGUACUCGAAAGAGCGUGCACUAAACAAGCUUCACUCCUUCAACGCACCCGAGCCUCCGAACGCGGACCAGCAGGUUCUUCAAUUCCAUCCGACGCAAAAGGAUUGGCUGAUCUUUGCCGGCGCUCAGGAUUGUAAAGCAUCUUCAGGCACCUGUCACGCGGUGUCGUAUGCUUCCACCAAGGGUGGGGAGGACUCGUCAUGGAAAACAUUGCUCAAGUUCACAACCAAGUGCCAGUUCAUGUGGAGGGACCGCCGCCAGGGCAGCGAUAAAUUGGUGUACUGCCAGCAGUAUCAGGACGAAGACACAAGCAAGCCGAAGCAACUCAUCUCCAGCGAGGACUGGUUUGAACACAAGCAUGUGGAGCUGCAAGACGUGGUCAACUUUGCGACGAUGGCAGAAUACGUUGUCGUGGCGCAGAGGACCGAGGACCGCAAGUGGCUGAAGGUCCAAGCUAGCGUCGACGGCAAAACUUUCGCUCAUGCACACUUCCCGCAUGGCUUCCAGGUAGAGCAUUCGCAGGCCUACACUGUCUUGGAUAGCUCUACUCACGCUGUCUUCCUGCACGUUACGAUCAAUGGCGUCAAGGAUCAAGAGUAUGGCACCAUCAUCAAGAGCAACAGUAACGGAACGUCGUACGUUCUCAGCGCCAAUUUUGUCAACCGAGACAAAGAUGGCUAUGUUGACUUCGAGAAGAUGCUCGGCCUAGAGGGGGUCGCGCUCAUUAAUGUCGUCGACAAUGUCAAAGAUGUAGAGACUAAGGGAGCGGCAAAGCAGCUCAAGUCCAUCAUCACGCAUAACGACGGCGCUGACUGGGAUUAUAUUCCACGCCCCGAUAAAGACAACGAGGGCAAGGACUACCCCUGCGCUGGCGCUGGCAAGGAGAAAUGCUCACUGCAUCUCCAUGGGUACACCGAGCGUAAAGAUGUUCGGAAUGGUUUCUCUUCGCCCACCGCAGUCGGACUCAUGAUGGCCGUUGGUAAUGUCGGCGCGACCUUAGGACAGCGCAAGGAGGGCAACACAUACAUCACCCGGGAUGGUGGCAUCACAUGGCUCGAAGUGAUGAAGGGCACCUUUAUGUGGGAGUAUGGUGACCAAGGUUCAGUCAUCGUCAUUGUGCAGGAGGAAGUCCCGACCAACAUCGUCUACUACACGCUCGACGAAGGCGAUCACUGGACCGAGCAUCAGUUCAGCGAGCAGAAGAUGCAAAUCGCGGCCAUCUCUACUGUCCCAAGCGACAACUCCCUUAACUUCUUACUCUGGGGCAAGGACACUAGCAGCAGCGCCAACCUCGUCACCAUCAACCUUGACUUCUCGGGCCUCAAGGAGCGCAGCAAGCAAUGCCACCUUGAUGAAAAAAACCCAGAGGCACCUGACAGUGAUUACUACCUAUGGGAGCCCCGGCACCCGAAGCAGAAAGACAAUUGCCUUUUCGGACACGUCUCCCAGUACCACCGCAAGAAGCUCGAGUCUCAAUGUCGCAACGACCGCAACCCGAUCGCCAAGCUGCACAACAUCAAGAAGAACUGCGAGUGCACCCGGGAGGACUUUGAGUGCGACUACAACUACCAACGCGCAAACGAAGGUUCCUGCGUCCUGGUUCAUGGUCUCGAGCCGGCGAAUCCCGAGCGCAUCUGUAAGGAGAAGCCAGAUCUGGUCGAGUAUUACGACACGACCGGCUACCGGCGGAUCCCGAUAACGACCUGCAUUGGUGGUCUCGAGAUGGACGUCAGCACCCCCCACCCCUGCCCGGGCCACGAAGAGGAGUUCACCGAAAAGCGCGGUCUCAGCGGGCUGGGUCUCUUCUUUGCUAUUAUAAUCCCCUUUGCCGCAGCGGCAGGGAUCGGGUGGUAUGUGUAUCGCAACUGGGAUGGUAAGUUUGGGCAGAUUCGGCUCGGGGACGCGGCGCCGAGCUUUGAUAGUGGGAGUGCGUGGGUCAGGUGGCCGGUUGCGGCUGUUGCGGGGGUCGUGGCGGUCGUGGGCGCGAUUCCGCUGUUGGUUGGGAGCUUGUGGCGGAGCGUGAAGGGGAGGGUGGGCGGCGCCGGGGGGUAUGGUGGUAGGACGUAUACGAGCAGGAGCUCGUUUGCGACUGGGAGGGGGGAUUAUGCGGUUGUUGAUCCGGAUGAGGGGGAGUUGUUGGGGGAGGAUAGCGAUGAGGAGGCUUGA